AGUAGGAUGCGGCCAGCGCAGGAGCUGGUGGUGAAAAACUGAUCUCGCAUGUUCAGAAACUGCACAAGCUCUACCACAUCCUCGUCCACACUGCCCUUCCGGCUGAGGUCCGCUUUGCUCAAACAUUGCGCCUUCCAUUUUCUGAACUCCGCGCUGCGAUCCAUGGGUGAGGGACUCAGGGUCUGCGCUCGGCUCCUUCACGGUAGCCCCGUCUCUCCCUGGGGGCAGCCAUAUUGAUGCGAGCGGUGGCCGAAAAGGUCCAAACUUCCUCUUCGUUCUUAGUUUGGAAAAUUCUAGCGCCUUCGCCUAGGGGUGGGGAGAGGCGCACAGCCUGGGCGGAGCCUGCAGAAGUUGAAGAAGGUGUAGCAGUCCUAGUUCUGUGGAAGCUGAAGAAGCCCACGCAGAUUUUAAUUCCCACUCUAGAUUCUGUAUCUAGAUCACCAUGGCGACCAGACAGAAGUUGAUGAGAGCUGUUAGAGUUUUUGAAUUUGGUGGACCAGAAGUCCUGAAAUUGCAAUCAGAUAUUGCAGUACCGAUUCCAAAAGGCCAUCAGGUUCUAAUCAAGGUCCAUGCAUGUGGUGUCAACCCUGUGGAGACAUACAUUCGCUCUGGUACUUACAGUAGAAAACCACUCUUACCCUAUACUCCUGGCUCAGAUGUGGCUGGGGUGAUAGAAGCUGUUGGAGAUAAUGCGUCUGCUUUCAAGAAAGGUGACAGAGUUUUCACUAGCAGCACAAUCUCUGGGGGCUAUGCAGAGUACGCUCUUGCAGCAGACGACACUGUUUACAAACUACCUGAAAAACUGGACUUUAAACAAGGAGCUGCCAUCGGUAUCCCAUAUUUUACUGCUUAUCGAGCUCUGAUCCACAGUGCCCGUGUGAAAGCUGGAGAAAGUGUUCUGGUUCAUGGGGCGAGUGGAGGAGUUGGAUUAGCAGCAUGCCAAAUGGCUAGAGCUUAUGGCUUAAAGGUUUUGGGCACUGCUGGUACUGAGGAAGGACAAAAGAUUGUUUUGCAAAAUGGAGCCCAUGAAGUGUUCAAUCACAGAGAAGUGAAUUAUAUUGAUAAAAUUAAGGUUGUUGGCAACAGAGGUACUAUUGAAAUAAACCCACGGGACACCAUGGCAAAGGAGUCGAGUAUAAUUGGAGUUAGUUGCUUUUCCUCAACCAAGGAGGAAUUUCAGCAAUAUGCAGCAGCCAUUCAAGCUGGAAUGGAAAUUGGCUGGUUGAAACCUGUAAUAGGUUCUCAAUAUCCAUUGGAGAAGGUGGCCGAGGCUCAUGAAAAUAUCAUUCAUGGCAGUGGGGCUACUGGAAAAAUGAUUCUUCUCUUAUGAUGAUUAAUUCUUUCAUGGAUUUCCUAUGUGAUUAGAGGUACUGUCUUUCCCCCAGUUGUACUUACCCUAUCUUUUCUUUAAUUAACAUUCGAUUCCAUGAGCUUCUUAUGUGAAAAAAUGGGAUUUUUCUUUAGAGAGCAGAGGCAGAAGAGUAAAAUUCAUUGUAUAGCUAGCAGUAUUUUUUUAUGCCAUCUGUCUCAAAUCAAGGAGUCAUCAUAGUAGGAAAUAGCAUGUUAGUCAUCAUUUGGCAUGAGGGUGCAUUCCAGUAAUUCUUAAUUGAUACUUGAUUAAUUCCAUACCUUUGAUUAAAACGUGCUAGUUCAAAAUAAGACUGCACAGUUUCCAAGGGUUUUCAAGCCUACUUACCUUUAUAAAGGUUCUCUAGUCUCUGAUUAGCCAUGACUGUAUUGGACUUUGAACAUUUUCGGGACUAAAAACCUCUAUUCUAAACUCAUCUCAUUUGGAUGUGUAAGUCUUUUGUAAAGGCAAGAAUAAAUAAUGUCCAGGACAAUUUAUUAGUUUUCUCAGUAUUUUCCCAAAUAUUAGAAUAUUUACUUCAUUAUUGGUUGGCUGCCAAUGACCCCAGAUGUUCUGUGAGAAUAGAAGCUUUGUCUUUGAUACAAUACAUAGUCUCCAAAUAGGUAAUACUUCUCAAUUGAUUAGAUUUUCAGAGUACAUUUAGAGUUAUCUGUUUGUCUGGUGAGGGUCAAAUAUUUUUGUUGAAAUGAUUAAGCUCACAAAUUUGAUAAAUUAAGAAUUAUCUGCAUUUGUCUCAUAACAUAAUAAUGUGUAAUAAAGUCUAUAGAAAAUUGAAACCUG